AGCUGAAAGACAGACGCUACUGUAACCAGGGUAACCAGACGAAGUCUCGCGAGACUACCGUUCCUAUCGAGAGAUUGUUGUGAGGAAAAGUGGAAAACCGAAUGAUUGAUGCACAUGUAAAACGGCAAGUUAGCUAUGUUUCGGUCACUGCUCGCCAAGCAGUACAGGAAAACGAGUGGAAAUAGAAGGGUUUUGGAUUGCGGGAUGCAUUUUGCACUUCUAACCGAGGGAUAAGGCGGCCCGAGGAGGGUUAGUGAUACGGUUAAUUCCGCGAUAGCUAAUUCGGCUGCAGAUGCUAACGCUAGCUCGUUAGCUUUGUUUACAUCAAGUGCGCGCCUGUUGGGUAAAUUCCAACCGAGCRAAUUUGUGACGCUAGCAGCGUCUUUGCCCUCAACCGAUCACUAUCACAGGAAAAUAGUCAGAUUGUAAAAAUAAACCUCUAUGGCUAUUUUCGACCAUUUCUUAAUAUGAAACGUUUGGCUAAUAAUUAAGCUAACUUAGCUUUAUGAUGCUAACAAUUUCACCAUCAUGGCUCGCUCGGUUUCUUUUUUAGCCCAUAUGUUGCGUCAGGGUUGUGCGAUUUGUCACAUAGUUUGCAACUGAUGGACUUUUAAAUUGCAUUUUGAAAGAACUCAAGGAAAGGAAAGAAAACGACCACAGAAACCGAGGAUGCUAACGUGAGCUAGCUCCUGCUGCGCUAGCUAACGUUGUGCGCGUUAUUAUUAACAGCGCUUUCAUUGUGAUCGCUACUUGCAUCGUGUUAAUAAUUUAUUAUGGCAUUCUGCGUCGACAUACUACAGUGAUUAUUAUUAUUAUUUUGCAUCACCAAGCCGCUUUUUCCCCCUCCUACAUCCUGACGAAGGUUGACUUUUUGCUGCGUGCGGCUGGAUUUAGCCCCCCGGACAGUGUUUUUUUUUCUUCUUCUUCUUCUUCCCUAACGCUGGGAGACAGACCGCUAUGAAUCCUGUGAAUGCAACCGCUCUGUAUGUGUCUGCCASCCGGGCAGUGCUGCAGUGCGACCCGCGGCAGCCCCAGACUUUUGCAGAGAUGUACAAGCAGCUGCCCUUCUUCCGACAGUCCCUGGCUUGUCUAGUCUGUGGCAAACUACUCCAGGAUCCCAUCUCCCCAACACACCCAGAGUGUCAGCAUUAUGUCUGCUUGGGCUGUAAAGGCCAGAAGAUGCAGAUCAGGCUGUCGUGCAGUCGCUGUAAGGACUCUUCCUGUUUCCAGGAGAACAAGCAGCUUUCCCUCCUGGUGCAGUGCUACAGAAAGCUCUGCCUCUACGUAACUCACUCGCCCCUGCUGCAGUCGAUCAGCAGCCACGUCGGAGGCUCUCCAGAGGUCAUGGGCCUGCUCGAAGAGGUGCUGACGUCCCACGAAGCGGAGACGGACGACCCGGGCUGGCUUCAAGAAGACGGGAACCUGUCUGCUCCCGAGUCUCUCACCCCCACAGAGGCACCGCCUGUUCCCACCGAGCUCUCAGCUGCUCCCCAGAGCUCCUCCUCCGACCCUCCGUGUUUCAACGGACGCCAGGAAUGCAACGGAGACGCGCUGGAGGAUCUGGAUCCCUCUUCCCCGGAGCUGGAAGUGUGUGAACUGGUUGAGGAGCGGCAGCAUGCGGCAGUAGCUGUAUCUGAUGCUGCUUGUGGCGGUUUGGAGCUGAGUCUGACCACUGGACCUUUAACACCGACGCCAGGCACUGUGUGCUCACUCAGGGGUGGGGAGGCUUGUAACAGGGAGCUGGAGGAGGGAGAGGUGUUGCUCCUCAGUGUAGAGGAGGUCUUACAGACAUUAGAUCCCCUUCAGCCCGGGCGAGACUCUCUUCAUUCACAGCCAGAAAGGAUACACACACACAUAGCCACGGACAGAGCACACACUCACAUGUACCUGCAGCUGGACGCAGCCCACAACUACACACAGAUCCAAACUGGCAGGACUAACACAGUGGCAGGUCACGGUGCUCACACACAAGCAUCUUCCUGCGAGCCUUCAGCAGCCUCCAAGCCCCCACCAAUCCGCCUUAACCGCAAGCGCUCCCGGUCCGAGAGUGACCGGGAGCAGGUGAAGCCCCUCCCCAUCGUCUCCAUCCUGCAGGGCUCCCCGUAUUUACACACUCCAGCCUCCCCCCACACGCUGCACACAAAACUCCCUACGCCUCCCGUAACGACGCCGGCGCACACGUACUCCUCCCUUCCCAACGGCGUGCUCUCCAAGCCCAGUCGUCCCCCACAGAACCACAGCAAGGGCGCCAGGAAGCACGUGGAGCAAAGCCCCAAGAAGCCCCACGCCAAGGCUCGCAGCGGUGGAGGGUCAAAGACCAAGGACCGGAGCAAGGAGCAGCGCCUGCUGUCAGGCUGCCUACUGCCCACRCCGCCUGUUAGGCCUCCUUACAAGAAGCAGGUGGAGAAGAAGGGCUGCAAAUGUGGCCGGGCCACUCAGAACCCAUCAGUUUUAACCUGUAGGGGGCAGCGCUGCCCCUGUUACUCUAACCGCAAGGCGUGCCUGGAUUGUAUCUGUCGGGGUUGUCAGAACUCCUACAUGGCCAACGGUGAGAAGAAGCUGGAGGCUUUCGCCGUGCCGGAGAAGGCCUUGGAGCAGACGCGGCUCACUCUCGGCAUCAACCUGACCAGCAUCACGGCGGCCGCGGCGCUCCGCAACCCGGCGACCACCAGCAUCCGCGCCAACACCCUCCUCAACGUGGCCACGGCCACGGGGACUCCRGUGACCACGGCCUUCCUGUCCCCCAGCCCCCCGCGGGAUCCCAACUACGAAGACAGCCUGGAGCUGCUGAUCGGAUGAGCGGCGGGCUUGUGACGGCCGAUCGCUGGGUCUGUGGGGACCACCUGCACCCCUUCCUUCACGGGGGAGGGAAGCACGGCAGCUAUCAUAUUCUGUGACCUGCUCUUUUUCUUUGUUGGAAAAUGCUGAGUAGUAAAACUAGCAUGGGUGUGCCAAAGCCUCCUGUAUUGUGCCUACGUGCCGGUGUGUUGUGCUGCCAGUCUGUAGUUACUUCAUUUAAGGAUGUUCAUAGACGACAGACAUAAGAGGCAAUAGAAACCCAGGACAGGUUAUUCUAGUAUGUGUAUGCUUGUGUGGAUUUUAUUAUUUCUUCAAAUUCGGUGCAAAAUGUUAGCAUCUGCAACCUUGUGUUUAUCAAAGCUGCAGCCGUUUUCCAGUUCGAGUGUUGCUGUCUUUACUGGUAUCAGGACAGUCAGUACUAACUCCUAACAUGUUCACAGUUUAACUGUAAAUGUUCGUUCUGUCAGUAGUCCCUUCAGUCCGAGCACCRUCAGCUGGUUUUCAGCUUGUCUGAUGAUGUCAGAGCACUUGCCUGGUGCCACGGUUUGAGUGCGUGCGUGAGAUUAACUCUAAUAUUAGAGAUAUACGCUCGAUUGGUAAAACAGCACCUAAAGCUCCUCUUGGUUAUCACAGCAAUAGCAACAAGGAGCCCGCCUGCUCCGGUUGUUUACACUUUUAUCAUUGCAGACUGUAAACAUCGUGAUAUGAUUGUACACAGUUAUGUGGAAAAUUAAACUGAAGCCAUAGGUUGUCAUGAAAAAGAAAAAAAAGAUAUCCUUUAACUACACACACAAAUUUGACUGAUCAGAAACUUGAAGCUUAUUUUUGAUACUGUUUCCGAUUUGUUCCCGGCGUCUCGUUUUCUCCAAUCACAACAAAGUCCUCCAAUCUUUCCUGAGGCUGCGUGUCGUCUGUGUUGGUGUUUACCAUCUCAGCUGUAACUUCAUGAUGUUUGUCAGUACUGGUGACCAAAAACAAAAGAAAAGAAAGACUGAACCAAGAGCGGACUCUGGUCGAUCACAAACACCUCAGCUCGUCCAUCCUAAGUCAGGAAGUAGCCGGUGAAGUAGAGUUUGUUCAGCAGAUAUGACUUCUCUUCCUCUGUAUGAUUCAAAUAUGUAUAUUUUGUUUGGGCAUUACUUGAACCCUGAUUUUUUUCUCUUUUUUUAUUUUCUAAUGUUAAAGAAACUUGUUUGAGUGACUUGCUGAAACAUUCACUGCCAUAUUAUGGAGACAUGUAAUACAACAUGAAUUAAAACAUAGUUUUUUACUUUUUCA